UUUGCCAUCUGCCCUCCGCGCUCCUCCGCAAGAGACAGCAGUGAUACGCCAUGGCACUCGGUUCUUCCCUCUUUGCAGCCGUCUUCCUCGCAGUCGCGGUCGCCGCGAGCCCGGUGCAGGUUAACAAACCCCUGGUCUCGCUGCCGUUGGUCCGCCGAACAAACAGCACCAGCUUCACUAAUCUGCUCGCGAACGACCAGGCGCGGGCCCGUUACCUGAAGGACCGCGCACAGGCCAAGCUCCAGGGCCGCGCUGCGAGUGUUGACGCUACCAACGCCGUUGACACCUAUGUUGUUAGCGUCGGCGUCGGGUCCCCUGCUACUCAAUAUUCCCUCCUCGUCGACACAGGUUCUUCCAACACAUGGCUCGGCGCUAACAAGUCGUACACGCCGACCUCCACUAGCAGCGACACCGGUGACUCAGUGUCUGUCACCUACGGCUCGGGCAGCUUCUCGGGCGAAGAGUACACCGACACCGUCACGCUCGGUGACGGGCUGACCAUCACAAACCAGUCCAUCGGUGUCGCCUCGCAGGCCCAAGGCUUUUCGGGUGUCGAUGGUAUUCUUGGUGUCGGCCCUGUUGCUCUGACCCAGGGUACCCUCGGUGACUCCGAGGCUACGGUCCCCACCGUGACAGACAACCUCCUGUCUCAGGGUACCAUUGACACGGAGGUCCUCGCGGUCUCUUUCGCACCGGCGACCUCUGAAAGCGAUGCUAACGGUGAGCUCACCUUCGGCGGCACCGACUCCUCCAAGUACACCGGCUCGAUCAACUACGUCCCCAUCACGUCCACCUCCCCCGCGAGCGAAUACUGGGGCAUCGACCAGGAUAUCACAUACGGAGACUCGCCGAUCUUGAGUUCCACUGCUGGUAUUGUCGACACUGGCACGACUCUCGUCCUGAUCGCAUCCGACGCGUUUGACGCGUACAAGACCGCUACCGGCGGCACUGCGGACGAGAGCACCGGCCUGCUGCGCAUCUCGAGCUCGCAGUUCAGCAGCCUCCAGACGCUCAACUUCAACAUCGGUGGCACGACCUAUGGCCUGACGGCGAACGCGCAGAUCUGGCCCCGCGCGCUGAACAGCGCGAUCGGCGGGACCGCGGACGACAUCUACCUCGUCGUGAACGACAUCGGGAGCGCGUCUGGCGAGGGCCUGGACUUCAUCAACGGGUACGCGUUCCUGGAGCGCUUCUACUCCGUCUACGACACGACCAACUCGCAAGUCGGCUUCGCGGAGACCUCGUUCACGAGCGCGACCAGCAACUGAGGUGGCUGGUCAGCUCGAUGAUACCAAAUGAGGACUUUAUGGAUUUGGGAGGUGUUUAUCGCACGAUUUCGUGUUGUGGCAUCUCGAAGUCUGUAAUGCUCGCUACACUCUUUUGUUGAACUCUGGAAUGCAUGCUUUGGAUGAACUGA